ACACAGCUAGAGGGAUGCCUUCCUAAAAUGUACGCAUUGUACAUUUUUCUAUGACACAUAACAUCUGUUGCCAACAUCCGGGUAGUUUUUGCCAAAGUUAGCUUCCAUCUUGGAUUCUUUCUUGACCCCAAAUUUUUUUCGGUAAAAUUUUUGACCUUUGUUGAGAAACGAAGUUCUAAAACGUUACUCGAAUUACCUUCGGAAGUUGUGGAGAGAGAAGCUGUGCUAUGUGUGUGAACCAUAGUCAUGAGUAGUAUGGCUUAUAAUAUAUCUACUGGUGUUCAGCAUCAUCAAGAUCAUUCAUCGCGAUUAAAAUAAUUGACAGUCUUCAGUGAGAGAGCCAUGCUAGCGUACCACAUCAGGUGUGCAGUGGUAGCUGCCAUCUGGCUCUACAGUUUUUCUGUACUCUACACAGUGAGCAUGGUGGGAGCGACAGUGAGCGUGCUGGAGUGCGUGCACUCGGCCGACGACUGCGGCUUCGGCAGCAACGACAGCUGCGUGCUCGCGUGCACGCAGGAGGAGAGUCUCGACCCGCCCGCACACUGCUACGCGCUGUGGAAGAACACGAGCAAGGGUAUCGAGGUCCUCAAGCAGGGAUGCUGGCACACACCGCGCGAGGAGUGCAGACCGAACCAAGUGUGUGUCGGCGGCCGGGUGAGAAAGCCAGACCGGCUGUGUUCCUUCAACCCGUCCGUGCUGACGGAGACGCAGGCCACGGCCACCGUAGAGGCAACCACAGGUGCGAGCAACCAGCACACGCUCAACGCGCUGCUCUACACGAUCCUGCCUCUCGUCGGCCUCGCCCUCCUCGUAAGCAUCCUCUUCUGGCUCUACCGCCGCCACAAGCUGCAGUACCAGAUGGCGCUGCCGACGCACGACCACGGCCCGCCGUCGCCGGUCCACCAGACCGAGCUGCUGCAGAACCUGCAGCUGAUCGAGGUUAAAGCCAGGGGGCGCUACGGUGCGGUGUGGAAGGCGCUGCUCGGCGAGGCGUACGUCGCCGUGAAGGCGUUCCCGCUGCAGGACAAGGCGUCGUGGUUCCGCGAGCAGGAGAUCUACAACAUGCCGCACAUGCAGCACCCGAACGUGCUGGCGUUCAUCGGCACCGACCGGCGUGGCGCCAACCUGCAGACGGAGCUCUGGCUCAUCACCACCUACCUGGAGAAGGGAUCGCUCUGCGACCAUCUCAAGUCGAACCUGAUCACGUGGGCUGAGCUCUGUCAUAUUGCGCGCACGAUGGCGUGCGGCCUAGCGUACCUGCACGAGGAGCAGUCGGCGACGAGGGACGCCGCCUACAAGCCGUCGAUCGCGCACCGCGACUUCAAGAGCAAGAACGUGUUGCUGAAGGACGACCUGACGGCCUGCAUGGCUGACUUCGGGCUCGCGCUGCCGUUCGAGCGCAACAACAGUCGCCCGGCGAUAUACACUGGCCAGGUCGGUACAAGACGCUACAUGGCUCCGGAGGUGCUGGAAGGAGCUAUCAACUUCCAGCGCGACGCCUUCCUCAAGAUAGACAUGUACGCGUGCGGACUCGUGCUGUGGGAGCUGGUGUCCCGCUGCUCCUCCUCCGACGGUCCGGUGGGCGACUACAAGCUGCCGUUUGAGGAGGACAUAGGCCUGCAUCUCGACCUAGAGGACAUGCAGGACGUUGUAGUACACAAGAAGCUGCGUCCGCAGACCCACGACCACUGGCUGCAUCAUCCGGGUCUGGAGCGGGUCAUCAACACACUGGAGGAAUGCUGGGACCAGGACGCCGAGGCUCGUCUCUCAGCCAGCUGCGUAGAGGAACGAUUCGCCCUCCUCCAGCAGAACAUCUCAUCCUCCUCCGCCGCGUCCAAUCAGGACCUGUCGUCGAUCGUCGCCGACGGCAACGCCACGCCGCUGAUCACCGCCGCCGUUGUCGCGCCGGACGACGUGCAGAUGCAGACGAUCGUGUAG